AUGGAAAAUGCGUCAAAUUCCAGUUCCAUUCUUUGGCUCCUUGGACUGGUGGAAAUGGAAGAGCAGAAAUAUUUCUACUGUGCAACCUCUAUCAUCAUAUAUAUAACUACCGUACUCUUGACUUUCAUGGUCGUGUUCAUAAUUGCAAAUGAAGAGAGCAUGCAGGAACCCAUGUACAUUCUUAUAUGCAUCCUGACUCUCAGUGGUCUUUUUGGGAGUUCAUCUUUCCUUCCAAAGCUAACUAUUGAUUUCCUUAUUUCAUCUAAGACAAUUUCUCGUGAAGCCUGCCUUAUCCAAUCAUUCUGCAUCACAGCUUUUGCUUAUUUUGAAAUAUCUACUUUGACCAUCAUGGCAUAUGAUAGGUAUUUGGCUGUCUGCCAUCCACUCCAAUAUUCCAUGUUAAUGACAAAUGACAAAGCUUUGAAGUUGAUCGGUGGAUCUUUGAUCUUUACUUUUGCAGCAGUGUUGACAACAGUUCUUCUGUCAGCAAGAUUGCCCCUUUGUGGAACACAAAUUAAAAACAUAUUUUGUGACAACAUGUCCAUUUUUGUUCUGUCCUGUGUAGACACUUCUGUCAAUAAUAUCUACGGGACUACUAUCUGGGUGAUAUUUUUUACUGUCACCAUGGUAAUCAUUAUUUAUUGUUAUCUGAAGAUAUUCAUCAUCUGCUUGACAAUUUCCAGCCAUGAACGUCGGAAAUCCUUCCACACAUUGGUGACUCAUCUACUCAGUUUUUCAAUAUUUUUAGUCGGGGUUCUAUUUGUUUUUAUUCGUUACAGAUUGGGGACCAACCAACUCCCUCUCACUGCUCACAUUGUACUGUCUGUAAACUCCUUAGUGUUCCCUCCUCUAAUCAACCCCGUGAUAUAUGGAAUACGGACACAAACAUUAAAAACAAGAAUUCUACAUCAUCUGCAAAACUGUAUUUUAGCAAAAAUUGUAUGA